AUGGCUAGUCCUUUGGACACUGACUCUCCAUUAUACAAGAGAGUAUCAAGAUGCAUUGCAAGUAUGAUACGCUUUCAUCGAGCCAAUGCUUCUAAAGAAGGUUUGUGUCCACAAGUCAUCAUUUCAUGUUAUCGUCUUCGACACCGAUGUUCUCCCAAAGCACUAUCAUCUGCCCAAUUACAAAAGGAAGAACUUGUCAAAAGGAUUUUGAAUCAUAUGAUUGAGGCCAGUAUUCUGGUGAAGAUACCUCCAAAGGAUACGCCUUCUGGAAGAUAUUUGCCGGCAACGGUAGAGCAAAGUUAUAUUUUGAUCUCUGACUAUGAGACGGAAAGCUGUAGACCAGGCGAGUCAUGUGAUGAUCUACUGAGCCCAGGCACAUCCGGGGCAAAUCAAGUAGUGUUUGAAACGAGCGUCGCGGCACCAAAUAGUAUAAUAAGUCGUGAAUUUGUCUCCAUGAGUGAAGUUGAACCAGAUGCCACGCGCUUUUGCUUCCCAACGAAUACCAACAUUCUUGAAUCUUCCACGGCAAUACAAAGUAACAAACGGCGGCGUACAUCCAAUAACAAAGACAGUUCUCGUGGCAUAGAGCGAUCAGAUGUUGGUGAAGAGAACCAGGCCAGCUCAAGAUUGUUGACUGCUGUUCCAUCAUCUAUUAGCCAUCGAGUAGAAUCAGGUUCACAAAGCCUUGAGACUGUUGUUUCGAACGAGACUCAGUCAAAUGCCGAAAAGAUUGCACAGGAGGUUGCCAAUCUCCCUUGGCUUACUCAAGGUCUGCAAGAAUUGAGGGGAAAAUAUCCCGAUGAUCAAUACGAGCUUGUUUACGAGAACGAUCUACUCCAGAUCAGAUGUCACGACUGUAAAGGACGACUGUACAAGGUGCAUUAUCAAAAUUGUGAUGUUUCGAACAUGGAGUGGCAUGCGAAGUCGACUAUACAUGCCAAUAGAGUGGAAGAAAGGUUGGCUGAAGCAGGAGUUGAAGCAAGGCUCACAGAUGGCGUCAAAUACAGACGAGAAGCCCUCGAAGCUGCAAAAAGAACUGCCCCACAAAGAUUCCGAAAACCACAACCUAGACCCGUAGUUCCUAGACCUUCUGUUACCCAGCUACACUCGGCACAAUAA